AUGUAUAGCUUUUUGACCAACUAACUCAUCUUUGAUUUCUAACUUAGCUAAUAAAACAACUAUUGGAAUAUGUAUUAGAAUUUACAACAAUUUUAUUAUCCUAAUGUUUAUGGUUAUCCAUAUGUUAAUCAACCUUAAAUCUACCCUUAACAAUAAGAGCUAAUUCCUGUAUAAUCAGAAUAAGGUAAACUCAACUCAACUAAUUAUAGUGUAAUUCAAAGAAGACGCAAGUACAACAUAGGGUACAAGAAGAUGUCUUUUCGAGACUAAAGAUGUUGUGCCUAUAGUAUCUAGUGAAACACUUGAAAAAUAUAUUCUAAUGAUUGUCAAUGAAGAUGAUGCUGUGAAUCACUUAAUUGCUUCGUUAAAAAACAAAAACUAAUUUCCUUUGUCAAGUGUCCUUGAAAGUCUUUCUUAAAAGCAGAAACAAUAACAUAAAAGUAGAGAAGAACUUAUAAAGUUUUGUUUAAGAAAAGCUUUGAAGUUCAUCUUUAGAAAGGUCCAAGAAGAAAAUGAUAAAUCAAGUAUUUAUUAUGCUUAUAAUUUCUAAGAGACAAAUUUGAAAUCUGCUCAAAAAAUAUUCAUUCAAGCAAUAGAACAAGAAACUAAGAAACACAUUAUCUUGCCAUUUAGAAAAAAUAGCAAGAAUAAAACUAUGAAUUCAGAUUUCUUAAAAGAAAUUUUUUCAUCUCAAAUCUUUGUUAGUUAUUAUGAGCAAUUUUUAAGUAAUAUACAAAUAUUUAUCAUAGAUUCUUUGGAUGAACAAAUUCUAAAAGACUCAAAAAAAAAAAUUGCUGCUUUAUGCAAUAAAAUACAGAAUAAAAUUUCAGACGAUAAAAUUGUAUAAAAUUUUUUUGAAUUUAGUUUUCAUUCGAUGUUAAAAGAUUGCCUUGGUCUCUUUCCAAUAUUGAAAAAGUUAAAAUAACUGCCAAAGAAAUAUUAUUAUAUUCUAAGAAUUAGAAUAAAUGA